UAGCAAGCCACGAACUCCCGUAGCUCGUUUCGCCAUCAACGUAUUGACGUUUCUCGGCCGCGUACCGACCGCUCGUUUUCGCAUGCUCGUCGCGGAUCCCAGCUGGCCUCGGGACUUGUGUGUCGUAGCCGUGAUUCAGUGUUUCGACGAGUACCGCGAGCAGAGCCAUCGAACGCGAGUGAAUCAGUGACUCUCGGUGCCCCCCCCCCGAAAUUCACUCGAAUGUGGGUGAUGAUCGGUCGGAGCGAAGUUUCGUACGGUCCGUUUCGCGGUAGCCAAGGAUGAAGAACACGCAACGGCGGACAGAAGACAGUGGGGAGGCUCGAGAGGUUGUGAUGUAACGAAAACUGUUGAGACGAUGACUGAGGACGAUCGGCGGGAAGUACAAUGACAGUGCACCGUUGAAAGUAUAAACUAAACUGCGUCGAAAAGUCGAGCGACGAUAGUGUGUUGGAACGUUGUCGGUGAAACGGGAUGACUCGUUCGUUCCUAUGCGCGGCGUUGCUGACAUAUUCGCUGGGGAAUACUGUCGGUUUCGAUGACGGCUCGAGACCGUGCUCAGUGACGAAAAAUAAAAGAGCCUGUGACUAGUUUACGCGUCUCUGAUCCCGAACACAUCGAAGAAUAAUCCAGCCACGAGGUAAUGUGCACCACGGAAAUGACGGAAUCGUACACGAUGUCACCGUCGACGACGGUGUCCUCGAGCGCGACGACGCCAGGCUGCCUGGGCUCGCCGGUUCACCGACGGACGCCAUGCAGGAGCUCGCCGGGUCGUAGCGACGCUCAGGACGACGAGGACGAGAUCUCCGUCGGGUGUCCGAGCCCUUUGCCUCUGGUGGUGGUUGCACCGAGCACCGAGGACGACGAGAGGCUGUCCAGAUCCAGGGAGGAGUACGCGGAGAGGCUGAGCCCGCGUAGGAGCUAUCCGAGGGACUCGACGAUCGACGACGAGGACAGCUACUCGAGAACCGGCGAUUACCGGAUAUCCAACGGCAGAGGUUUGCUCACCCGCGAGAGCAGCGGUGGAGAUUCCGUUACAACGUUGAGAGACGACGAGGAGGACGAGGAGGACGACGAGGAGCUGGAUAGCAGGACCAGCAGUAACGGUGCCUCGGCUGCCGGUGCCACGGACGAUUACUUCAAGCCGCUUAAACGUCUCAAGAUGGUGCAGGUGCAGCACUCGGACGACGAGGACGACAGGGACAGGGACGCAAACGAACGAGGAGUGAAGUCUUUCAGCAUCCUGGACAUUCUGUCGCACAGACCCAAGGCGAAAAUCGUACGCCCUUGGGACACCGUCGAGUCUAGUCUGAGCCACCAUCACCAUCACCGUCACCAUCUUCACCAGCAACAGCAGCCGCAUCAUCAGCACCACCUGCAUCAUCAUCACAGCCAUUCGAACGCGGCGAGGGAUCUCUCUCUGAUGGGCAUGUCGUUGGCCUCCAUGUCCGGUUCCAUCAGCGAGCCACCUCUCAGCAGCUCCUCGUCGUCCGGGCGAAGCUCCGUCUCCGAUUCCGGAAGCCCGGAUCCUCUCGCCCAUCAUCACAGCCUGCAUCACGGCUUGCAUCAUCCAGCUCUCCACCAUCCGGCGUUGCAACAGCAACAACAGCAGCAACAAUUCAAAAGGAAAACCUCGCAACAGCACGGCUCCCAGGCCGGGCAUCACGGGAAGAGGACGACGGGCCAGGGAAGCCCCCUCGACGCCCUCUUCCAGAUGACCAGCAAAACGUUCGACGCCGGCGAGCAUAGCCAAGAGCAAGCGAAUCACCUGAACCUGUUCAAUAACCGCCAGCAGCCGAAGAAGAAACGCAAGAGCAGAACGGCGUUCACGAAUCAGCAGAUCUUCGAGCUGGAGAAGAGAUUUCUGUACCAGAAGUACUUGAGCCCGGCGGACAGGGACGAGAUCGCGGCCCAAUUGGGCCUGAGCAAUGCCCAGGUGAUCACGUGGUUUCAGAACAGACGGGCGAAGCUCAAGAGGGACAUGGAGGAGCUGAAGAAGGACGUGCAGACGGUGAACCCUCUGUUGGUCGCCCAACACCACAAGACCUUCCUCGAGAACGUCCAGGACCUGGGGAUCCUCAAGAAACGACCUCUGCCCAACUCCAUGGACGAAAAGUCGUAGAAGGAGCAGCUAAUCCAAGAACAAAUUAAUUAAUUCCCACGAGGUGGGAGUGGGGAGGAGAUCUCUGAUAGUUUCUUCUUUUUUUUCGUAAUACUUGGAACGAGUACAGCGAGGGAAAUGGGUUCGUUUCGAAAAAAAAAAAAACACGUCUUCUUGGGUAUCGAGAAUUCGUGGGCAUAGUCAGGGAGACACGAGGCAUAGUACAAA